UGCAGUUAUCCAUGCGAGCUUAUCCUCUCUCCAUGUAGCUUCAUCUGUACUUACAGUAAUAAAUCUGAUCUAGAAGUAACAGCAUGUGAAGAAGGUGACAAUAUCACACCAGUUACAGUUCAACCAGAGGGUUACAAAUGAGUAUGGAUCGGCAGAUGUUAAGAAGAUUAAAGUGAUUAAUAAGAAGAUGCUGCGAACAAGAGAUUCCACCCAUAAACAGAAAACUCCUGCUAAAGCUUGUCUCAUCGCCCCUUGUGUACCAGAGCUUCACCAGUGUUCCCAGUGUGGGAAGAGUUUUACUCACCAGAGAGGUCUUCAAAAGCACCGGCGCAUUCACACCGGAGAGAAACCCUAUGACUGCUCACAGUGCGGGAGGCGUUUUAAUCGACUCGGCAAUUUCAAGCGCCACCAACAAAUUCACACGGGAGAGAAGCCGUACCCCUGUCCGCAGUGCGGAAAGAGUUUUAAUCAGCUCAGUUAUUUCAAAGAACACCAGCGUAUUCACACAGGAGAGAAACCGUUUACUUGCUCGCAGUGCGGGAACAGCUUCGCUCAGUCAAGCACUCUGCGAAGACACGAGCGCAUUCACACCGGAGAGAAACCGUAUCAGUGCUCAGAGUGCGGGAUGAGCUUCACCCGGUUUGGCAGUUACAAAAAACACCAACAUAUUCACACCGGAGAGAAACCCUUUACCUGCUUACAAUGCGGAAGCAAAUUUUCUCACCUGGUUAACCUGAAAAUACACCAGCGUAUCCACACCGGCGAGCGGCCGUAUAAUUGCUCAGAGUGUGACAAGAAUUUCACUCGACUCAGCAGUUUCAAACAGCACCAGCAAAUUCACACCGGAGAGAAACCCUUCAUCUGCUCACAGUGCGGGAAAAGUUUUACUCACCACGGCACCCUCAAAACACACCAGCGCAUCCAUACGGGAGAGAAACCAUACUGCUGCUCGCACUGCGGAAAAUCCUUCGCUCACGUCAACAACUUCCAGCGUCACCUAGGAAUUCACGCGGGACACAAAAAGUAUAACUGCUCACAUUGUGGGAAGAGUUUUAACCUGGAACGUCACCUCCAAGAUCACCAGCGCGUUCACACAGGGGGGAAAGUGUUUGCCUGCGGACACUGUGGAAAGUGCUUCGCUCGACGCAGCAAUGUCGAACAACACCAGAGAAUCCAUACAGGAGAGAAACCGUUUAUCUGUUUACAGUGUGGGAGAAGGUUUACUCAGCGAGGUACACUCAAAAUACACCAGAGGAUCCAUACUGGAGAGAAGCCAUAUUGCUGCUCACACUGCGGGAAGCUUUUCGCCCAUGUCAAUGCUUUCCGGCGCCACCAAGGAAGUCACACAUGAUAUCAUCAUACUGUAUCAUUGCUCAUAAUGUAAAAAAGAUUUAAUCUAGAGCGCGGUCUCCAGGAACACCAGUGCAUGCACAAGUGCAAGUGUUCAAAGAGCGGGAAAAGAUUCAAUUAAAGAAAGUCUUAAAAGCGUUGUCAGAGCACUGCACACAGAUUUAUUUGGUUUGUUUAUCUAAGUACUGUCCAGAAAACACUCUCAAAUUCAAAAACAAGCUAUAGGAUGAACGUUGUACAGCUGAAUCGUGUCCAAUGCCAGUGGUUUCUAUUAAGUAAAAUUGCUUACAUUGCCAUAAUGGAUGUAACACAGAUGUGCUGACUUGGAGCCAGCAGUUUUUGACAUCUACAUGCAACAAUACAGGAACUAUAUAUUUUUUUGUAUUUUGUGUUAAAACACAUUCUGGUUAAUAAACAUAUGUAUAUUCACAAAGUUAACAUUUUAGCUGUCUACCAGACAACCCCCACCAACAUCCCCACCCACACACCCUGGUAUAACAGACCAAAAACAUUUGCAUGAUCAUCAAAGGCAUUUUUGCUUUCAUUUGCUUUUAUGUUUUAACUUAAAGUCUACAAU